UCCACAGCACAGUUAAAGUGGCGUUAUUUGUUUGGGAUGGAAGGAUACAUGAAGGAAGGAAGACGUGUUUAUCCUACGGAACCCCGGAAGAUAAUGCAAGCGAGGUUCGCAACGAAAUACCUUAAUUACUUGCUUCAUGCGCUAACCAACAUCGGUAAACCGGAAUUGUCGUCGACGCUCGACUGUUGCGUCAAUAAAGAAAUAGAUAAGAUGGUGAGGUACGAAGUCGACAUGGCCUUGGCAUUAUCAGCCGAAGGGUUCGCUUGGAGCCAUGCCUUGAAACACAGGCUUCGACUAAACGUUAACAAUAACAACCAUGCUGGAAAAUCCCAAAGUUAUUUAGCUCAUCACGAUGAUCACCGAACUAAAAUGCCAGUAAACCAUGAGCCGGCGACGAAGAAACUGAAAGGAAAUCCUAAAAGAAGUGGAACGGAAGCGGCCGUCGAGGAGGAGGAGGAGGAGCGGUUGACGUAUCUGAGGAAGCUUAUACCAGGAGGGAGUGGUGAGAUGAUGGUGGAUGAUGAAAUAUUGCUAAGUGAGUUGGGAAGUUAUGUUACAUGUCUUGAGUUACAGGUGAAUGUUCUUAGAUCCAUGCUUCAGUUGACGUAAUUAGUCAUCAUUUCUUCUUUAGUUUCUUUACUUAAUUUCUCCACUGAC